GCGAUGAGCAGUGUUUUACAAGGAGACUUGCCAAUGUGUGUACUGAUAAUCGUCGGAAGCAGAAUGUAAGUAAAAAGUCAUUUCUAGUGCUGAAACUGCAUUGUGCAUUUAUAAGGAGUUGUGCUUUCUUAUCGGCGAUUGUGUAGACCGUAUUCUACGUGGAUAAGUCGUUGUCCAAGGUUUAAUUCCACUUGAAAGCCGGAGGUGGUUCGAUGGCGUGUUGGCGACCCCAUCCUAUCUGAUUGGUCUGGCGAUGGUGCGCGGCUUGUGGGCGGUGCUUCGGGUGGUGUCCAUCGAGGGACGUGCUUUGUUAAAGCCAAAUAUACCUGUUUCUGGAAGACUAGGCAUUACAAGAAAUCCUCUAUUUCACUCCACGUCUGUCUCUUUGAGGAAUCUAUCAAGUGAGGUGAGAGAGCUGCGAGGGUCUGCUGUCGGGAUGCCUGAAAUAAAUACGGAUAAUAUGGACAAGAAGCAGGUCCAGCUGCUGGCAGAGAUGUGUAUUCUUAUUGACGAGAACGACCAGAAGACUGGAGCAGACAGCAAGAAGAACUGCCACCUCAACUCUAAUAUUGACAAAGGCUUAUUGCAUCGUGCAUUCAGCGUCUUCCUGUUCAACAGUGAAGACAAGCUGCUCUUACAACAGAGAUCUGAUGCUAAGAUCACUUUUCCAGGGUGUUAUACCAACACAUGCUGCAGUCACCCCUUACACACAUCCAGUGAGCUGGAGGAGCUAGAUGCCAUCGGGGUGAGGAGAGCUGCAUCAAGACGACUGGAAGCAGAGCUGGGAAUUCCCAUGGAUCAGGUUCCACCAGAGGAGAUGACCUAUUUAACCCGUAUCCACUACAAGGCCCAGUCAGAUGGUGUGUGGGGGGAGCAUGAGAUCGACUACAUCCUCUUCAUGCAGAAAGACAUAGAGGUGAACCCAGACCCCAACGAGAUCAAGACCCACUGUUACGUCACCAAAGAGGAGCUGAAAGAGAUGCUGAAGAAGGCCAAGAACAACAAGUUAUUGAUCACGCCCUGGUUCAGCCUCAUCGCAGAGACCUUCCUCUUCCAGUGGUGGGACAACCUGCAGAACCUCAAACAGUUCAUGGAUCAUGACAAAAUACACAGGAUGUGAUUCUGCGUAGGAUGAGAAUCUUUGGUUACCUUCCAAAAUGGCACUCUAUUCCCUAGGGGCCCUGGUAAAAAGCAGUACACUACAUAGGGAAUAUGGUGCCAUUUGGGAUGUAGACAUUGUUUGUGUAGGGUUUGCAUGGAAAGCUGCUAUGAGGGACGUAGGGUACUUGUUUUUAGUCUUACUAGAGUUUGAGGGUUGAUACUUUUUAGAUUUCUGUAAAUUGAAUAGAAAGAAUGAUGUGGUAGGAGUGCAAUUCAAUCCCUGAACUGAGUGAAAAUAAAAUGGAAUUGACCCCGUUUAAAAAAGGAAUGAUUAUGAGGCUGUAUUGAGGUAUGAUUUUUGUAUAGCUUGUACUGUAUAGCAUAUCUUUUAUAUAGGAGCUAUAUAAGUGCCUGACUGUCACUGAGGCUAAGGUUGUUAGUAAUGUUGAUUUUAGCAAUCUGCCACUGUUUCCCAUUUCCCAUUGUAUAGUAAUGUAAAUUGAUUAUGAAUAAGCAGAAUUUUUGUUGCGUUUGACUUCAAUAAAAUAUCUAAUUAGGGAAUAAAAUCA